UUGUGUGGCUGAAAGGCUACAUAUUACCUACCAUUCUAAACUAACCGUUAUAACAAAAUAUAGGGUAAAAUUCCACCAAUUACUCGUGUCAUUAUUACUUAUUAUGAUCUAACACCACACCACCCUAAAAAAAGUGUCUAAGUAUAGUGGAAGAAAGAAAGAAAAGAGAGAAAUCAGAUUAACCAAUCCAACGGAUGCUUGGCGAUCCGCCUUUGCUUCGUUAUGUUGCACUUGGCCUUUUGAUUUUGCUUUUUUGCUGCCCAUGCCUGACUAUCUCACCAUCCCACUUCUCUUCAACAACAUUUUUAGAUUAUUUUAAUAUAAUACAUAUAUUCUCUAUGUCUAUUUCUCGAGAAUAUAAAUGAAAAAUAAAUAUAGAAUAUUAUAUCUAACCUACUUUGUAUUCAUGUUGAUUUUUCUUGUGCAUCAGGUUUCUACAUCUCAUAUAUUUUAUUGUUUUUUUUUUCUCUUUGUUUAUUUGAAUCAAUGAACCCAAGUCUCAAUUUCCAAAGAAGUUGAAAUAGUAGAAGCACCAGUUUGUUAUAUUAUAGAUAGCCAAUCUGGUAUGGAGAUUAGAGAGAGGGAGAGCUAUGUGGUCCCAUCAUUAUUGCUAUACCUGUAAAUGGCAGUUAUCUUUGUUUGACAUUUGAUUAGGAGGGUAAACUGAUUGGUAUUAUUUGGGGUUUUUUAUUUUAUAUUUCUUUCUAAAAGCUGUACAGAAUCAGAUAGAACAUAGAGAAAUGUGGAGGAGAAAAUGGUGGUCUUAUGGAGGUCUGCUACUGAAGCAGACCCAGAAAGCAUUUGUGGUUGGCCAUGGCUUACAAGGAACAAAAAUCCCCAUUAUUCCUUCUUCUUCUUCUUCUUCUUCGUCCUCACCUACUCCAUCUUCUUUGUUCGGAGUUAGGGAUUUCGUUACCCAAGAUUAUAGAAUCUCAAGAAACCUCUUUUUUCUUCCUUUAUUAUCCAUUGGGUCGGUUAGGGCAUUUUCAUCGCCUAUCGAUGCUUCAAAAUCCAAUGGCGCCGGUAAAAGAAGAGACGACGACGAAGAAGAAAAUGGUGAAUCGGAGGCCAUAUCGUUUUCGGAGGCGAAGAGGCUAAUGAGGCUGGUGAACGUGGAGGCCCUGAAGGCGAGGCUUGGGGCAGAAGGGAAAGAGGUGAUCUCGUAUUGUGAGCUUCUCGAGGCCUGUGAAAGCAUUGGGGUCGCUAGAACUUCCGAUGAGGCCGCUGCUUUUGCCCGAAUCCUUGAUGAGGCCGGCGUUAUCCUUCUCUUCCGGGAUAAGGUCUACCUUCAUCCUGAUAAGGUGGUGGAUCUGGUAAGAAGAGCAGUUCCCAUUGCUUUAACUCCAGAUGAUGACCCCUUGAGAGAUGAGCUAAAGAUGCUGCAUGAGAAGAAGGAAGAAAUUGAUGUCCUGGCACAUAGACAUGUCCGACGCGUACUCUGGACCGGACUGAUCCUAGCUAUGUUGCAGGUCGUGAUCUUUUUCCGGUUAACGUUCUGGGAAUUCUCCUGGGAUGUAAUGGAGCCAAUUGCGUUUUUCUCCACAACUACUGGAUUAGUCAUAGGCUAUGCCUACUUCAUGAUCACUUCAAGAGAUCCUACGUACCAAGACCUAAUGAAGAGGCUCUUCCUCUCCAAACAGAGAAAGCUAAUUAAGAAGCACAAUUUUGAUUCUGAAAGAUUCAAAGAGCUAGAGAGAAAAUGUAGAACGCGACUAGAUGCCACUGCCUCAAUUAAAAAACGGGUUGGCCUGGAACUGGAUCUGGAUGAUGCCUUGCAUAAAGAUUAACAUGUCGAGUUUGGGUGGGGAGCUAUGAUACUUGACAAAUUUUUGGAGGAACAUAUGUCUGUAACAAUGCAAUCCCUCCUGUUUUUAAGUAGGUAGGGGGCAUAGUUUUUACUUGGAUUUUACAAUUUUUGGUACUUACUAAUGCCAACUUCACAAAAUCUAACUAGGAUAAGUUCAAUUUGAUGCAUUUUAAAGAAGAGAUACAUAUAGCUCCGUAAUGUGAUGCAUACAUAUAUAUAUUUAUAUUUUUUUGAUCA